UAACGAUGCAUACCACCCUUCUCCUGGUCUUGGUGUAUUUUCUGCAUGCCAGCAGUCUUCCGGGCGAAAAGGCACCCCCAAAGAGGAGGGCUUGGAGGGCUCCAUCAUGCAUACGAUGUUGCCAGCAGGGUGAGCAGCCAGUCUCCAUUACUGCUUCCCGAUAUGCACGGGUGACCAGCGACUCCAUUUAUGCAGUCCCUAAGAUUCAGCCCACCAUUGAUAUUCACAUCUUAAAAGGUGAAAAAGGUGAGAUGGGGGAUCGAGGACUUUCAGGGCUCAAAGGCAAGUCAGGUGAGCCAGGCCUGCAGGGUUCCAGUGGCCAGAAAGGACAAAAAGGUCAAGUGGGCCCCCCCGGCCAUUCAUGCAAGCAGCAUUAUGCUGCCUUUUCGAUUGGCCGCAGCAAACCCCUCCACAGUUUGGAUUACUAUCAGCGGGUCACUUUUGACACCGAGUUUGUCAACCUCUAUAAGCAUUUCAACAUGUUUACUGGCAGCUUCUUCUGCUACGUUCCCGGAAUCUACUUCUUCAACCUGAACGUCCACACCUGGAACUACAAGGAGACCUACCUUCACAUCAUGAAGAACGAAGAUCAAGUGGCGAUCGUCUACUCUCAGCCCAGUGAGCGAAGCAUCAUGCAGAGCCAAAGUCUCAUGCUGGACCUCUUGGAAGGGGACGAAGUCUGGAUACGAAUGUUCAAGCGGGAGAGGGAGAAUGCUAUCUAUAGCGAGGAGUCGGACAUCUAUAUCAUCUUCAACGGCCACCUGAUUAAGCCAGCCACAGAAUGAAGGCCUCCAAUCCAAAGCUAAAGUAGAGGAGGUGCCCCAUCGAACGGUGCUUUUCCAUGGACUGCAGCCACAGAGCUGCUUGUCCUCCCCAGGGCCCCAGUGGGGUGAGCUUAUACGUAAGGGCUACUAUGCUUACAACUUUGUCCAAUGCUGUGAUGGAGACACAAUCCCCAGGAUUUAAAACCCAGAUGCCCCGGUGGGUCAAUGCCUGCUUUUGGAUCUUUGGAAGCCUGCUGGGCAGUUCUCACAAAACAGCUGCCAGGGAUGGGUGUUUGCACAUUCCCCCAGUGGCUGCCCCAGCAGGUAAGACCAGUUGCAGAAGUCCUCUUGACCAGAAGGCAAACCAGUAAGCCUGACCACCAUCCCAAUACCUUCCAGGACUCCAUUCAUGACUUUUUAGCAUACUGGUCUUCUUUUGAGGCAGAGGAUAUGCUUGAUAAAAAAAAAAAGAGGGGAGGUCAAAAAAGGCAAGAUGGCACUGCCUGGGCUGUAGCCAUGUGCCAUUUUAUUUCCUAAGAAUAUUUCUUGGCCUUCUCUGGGCCCAAAGACAUCCUUGGGAAUCAGAAUAAUGGCAAAGAUAGUAUGCAUGGUACAUGUAGCAAGGGCUGGGCUCUUGAUCUUGCAUUAGAGGCUGCCAUCUUGACUUUUUUGACACCCCUCCCCCAUGGAAACCCUUAAAAUACAGGGCAACCCCAGUUUCACACUUUUGGGACACUCAUAUGCGCUCCCUUUCUGUUCAUGAACUGGGUCUGUAAUCAAUAUUAUUCCAUAUGGUGCUUAAUGAGGUGCUUAAAAAUAGAUGAAAGGAUUUCCUGUGAGUAACUUAAUAUGUGUUUGUUCUUUCUCUUUUGUUAUUUUUUUCCUCUAUUUCCCUUUA